UCAAAGAAAAGAAACCGGUUGGAGCAACAACGGUUGAAUGCUUUGGUUUUUGUGAAGUAUAACAUUCAACUUGAGUUGACGCAAAUUAAGAGACAAGAAAGGGGUGAGACUUAUGAUCCUAUUUAUUUAUCGGAUAUGGAAUCCGAUGAUGAAUGGAUUACCGAGAAAGAAGAUCCAUGUCUACCCGAAGAUCAUUCAUAGAUGGACAUCCAAGAGUGUUUCGAAGAUGAUGAAGGAACAACUAGCAAAAAGAGAAAAAGAGGACCAAGAAAUUUAAAUGCCAUCGAUAGAGGAAAAAGAAAAGUAUUUGAAGAUGAUGAUGAUGAAGUUGAAUUGAUUGAAGGUGGGGAAGAGGAAGAGGAAGAGAAAGAAGAGUUUGAUGAAGUGACUAUGGUAGAUGAUGAUGAAGAUGAUAUUGACCUUGGAGAUGAUGAAGAUUGAAAUGAAGAAAUGAAGACUUCUUGGAAUUUUCAACUUUGUCUAAUCUAACUUUUGUUUUGUAUGGUCUCUUUUUGACACAAGUUACUUUACAAGUAUAGAUUAGAGUUUUGAAAAGUUUAGAACUUGUUAAGUUGUGAACCUUAUUCAUGAUGAAUGUGAAUUGCCAUACA